AUGGAUCCAGGUCAGCCGGCAUCAGUCAGACGGCACAGUGGUAGCCGAUGCCAGCGUAUGGUAUCUCUUGCUUUAAAUAUGCAACUCAAAGAAAAACUAAAUGUUAUUAGAAGUUCUAAUCAAAUUAAUAAGGCUAAACGUAAUAAUGAUCCAGAUUAUGUACCAGGGCUGUCCAGUGAAUUAAGCCAUACAAGUGGAAGUGAGUCGGAUCCUAGUUACGAAGAUAGACAAAUUACUUCAUCUAGUAAAAAAGUACACAUCUUGUCCAAUGUUUUAUUGGUAGCCCCUGCAAGUGUUAAUCAGGCAGACUUAAAUACUCCAAAUUAUUUAAAUGUUGAUGAAGAAGACUGUACAGGGAAUCCUCAGGAGAAUUUAUCUGAUAUAGAACCAGAAGAAAUCGAGUUUAACCCUGUCCAGGUCUUCAUUCGAGAAAAUAUUUUACAAAAGAUUAUAGAUAAAGCAGUGAAAAAAGCAGAAAGUAAACUCUAUACAAAAACUGGAGAAAUAAGGAAAAGAAAAAAAUUUGAGGAACCACUAGUUGAAAGGAAGAAACAAAAGAUAGAGAGUUACAAAAGAGCUCAUGAAGUUAAAAAGUCAUGUAAUGAAGAAUGCUGGGCAUGCGAAGAAUAUGAAAUACACAAAAAAGCCACGUCUCAUGAAGCUGAUGUAGAAAACCUUGCUAACUGUGAUGUGUGCAAAAAAUGGAAAAUUCAUAAGCUAAAAGCAACUAACGCCAGAAAAAAAUAUCAGGAAGAUGCUGAGAAAAUAAAACAAGAUGAGGAGAUUAUUGUAGCUGCUGAUUUGCAAAAGAGAGGAAAUUAUUUUUUUUCCUACAAAACAGAUUUUGAAAACGAAUUUACCGAUUUAAAAGAUAUAUUUAUAAUGAAGUACGUUAAGGGCACGUUAACAAAGCCUCAAGCUCGAAAUACAUGUCGCGGUGUGUCUUUAGAUCGAAAAAAUAAUCUUAUAUCCAAAUUAAAAGCGCACAUUCCUCAAAAUCGCAUGAAAUUUUGGGAAGACUUGCCGGUUUGCGAAGAUGGUUUUGAUGAAGAAAAUGAUUAA